AUGGUCAGUUCCGUCGUCGAAGCCGCCCAAGAUGGUUCUCGGGCAAGGAUCGAAUGGAAACAAAACUGGACCGCUCUUUUGGAUUGUAUACUUCAAGUGGCCAUCAUUGCAGUAGACUCCCGAUCGUUGGUAAUUCCCACCCGUAUUGAUUCCAUCAAAAUCGACCCUAUACAGCAAAAGGCUGCCGAUCAAACUAGUGACAAUGCUGUGCCCACGUAUGCUGUAACAUUUGACCCCGAGCUGAAUCUGUUGCAAUGUGGUGCAAUCGAGAUACGGGGACUCAAUGCAAGCACCAUCUCUCGUCGUCUUCCGCCCGGAGUGCCAGUUCUUGAGAGCUACAAGUUUGCUCCAUUUUAUCCUCAGCAUACUCUUCAACCAGCCGAUGCAGCAUCUGUAAUCAUCCAAACUAUUCUCGAAAAUCAGCCCACACUGCUCUUUACGGUCACGGAGGUGCACUCACCAACACGAUCGCCGAUACUUUCACUUUUCGGAGAUGCCAUAGGAGAUCUUCCUUUGGUAAAGGCAUAUCUUACUCUUCUCUCCGGCACGAAACCUGAGCCGAUACCGAACGUCACCAUCUCAGAGGACAAGCUCAUGAAGCAACGAAAUGUGCUGCUACUGAUUUGCGAAAAUCUCUUUGCGGAUGACGAAUUCAUAUCGGAUGCCAUCAACUGUCUUUCGGAACAGGGUUUCAUUCUUCUGCGUGAAACUCUUGGAAACAGCAUCAAGGAAGGGCAUCGUCGGCUGCAGCUUGUAAACACUCUGCCCCUGGAAAAUGAAAUAUUCAUGCUAUUCCAACAGAAAAAGUCCACGAUGAGUACGUCUGCCGAUGCACACGUUAUCAAAGUUUCUACCGAAGAUCCAACGAUUUCCUGGUUGCUGGAACUAAAGCAGGAAGUCAAAACAAAGCCAAUUAUUCUCUACGCUCAGGGUGAUGCUAUGUCGGGAAUCAUUGGUCUUGUUAACUGCAUCCGCAAGGAACCGAAUGUGCAAAACGUCUCCUGCUUUUUCAUCGAUGAUCCUACGGCGCCUUCCUUCGAUCCAACCGUUGAAUUCUACAAAGAACAAAUUGACCUCGGGCUGGCCAUCAACGUAUAUCGCAACGGACAAUGGGGUUCUUAUCGCCAUUUCAAACUAUCCGAGGACAUGCAACAUCAACCAACGGCUAAACACUGUUUUGCUAACUGCGUCAAGCCUGGCGAUCUCUCGUCCUUCGCAUGGAUGACCGGUCCUAGCGAACGCCCAGCAUCGAGCCCAUUAGUUAAGGUGGUAUACAGUUCUAUUAACUUCAAGGAUGUCAUGCUUGCAACGGGACGACUCUCGAUUGAAACAUUUAGCACCAACAGAUUAGAGCAAGAGUGUAUUUUAGGAUUCGAGUACUCCGGAGUCACCACGACAGGAAAGCGCGUCAUGGGAAUCAUACCAGCAGGCUCAAUGGCAACGUUAAUUGAAGCUGACCCUGUGUUCACUCUGGAUGUACCCGAAGAAUUUACCUUAGAACAGGCUGCCACCAUUCCGACAGUUUACGCUACGGUGUAUACUGCAUUCUUUAUCUGCUCACAAAUCCGGAAAGGAAACUCCAUUCUCAUCCACGCUGGAACCGGAGGCAUUGGAAUAGCUGCCAUUCGUGUGUGCUUAGCAUACGGCCUGGAGGUGUUCACCACUGUGAGCACAAAAGAGAAACGGGAGUUUUUGUUGAGUUACUUCCCAGCCUUAAAUCCAAACAACAUCGGCAACUCGCGGGACAUUACGUUCGAAAAUCUCAUCAAACUACGCACCAACGGUCGUGGCGUUGACUUCGUGCUAAACUCUCUCUCCGAGGAAAAGCUUCAGGCAUCGGUACGCUGUCUGGCCAAAGGUGGACAUUUUCUGGAAAUUGGAAAGUACGACAUGAUGAAGGACUCCAAGCUGGCGAUGUCGCUCUUCCAGAAGGGGCUCUCCUUCUCGGCGGUGUUGGUUGAUCUGAUGCUUAGAGAAAAGCGAGAGCUGAUGAAGCAAUUACAGAAGCUCAUUAAAAAUGACAUGAGCCGGGGAAUCAUUCAGCCUCUUCCCACGACCGUCUUCCAAGCACAUGAGAUCGAACAAGCGUUCCGUUUCUUGGCUACCGCCAAGCACAUAGGGAAAGUGGUGCUCAAGAUUCGUGACAACGAGAACGAUCUCACUUCCGUUCCGAUUUCUUACCUUCCGCGGAUCUACUGUCACCCGGAACAAAGCAUCGUUAUUGCUGGAGGACUUGGAGGGUUUGGACUGGAGUUGGCUGAUUGGUUAAUCAUUCGAGGAUGCCGGAAACUGUUGCUCAGUUCAAGCAGAGGAGUGACGAAACCUUACCAGCAAUACCGCAUAAACACCUGGAAGACUUAUGGUGUGAAAGUGCACAUUUCGACCGAAGACAUUGCUACCGAACAAGGAUGUCGUCGGUUGCUGCACCAGGCAAUCGACUUGGGACCUAUCGCUGGAAUCUUCAACCUGGCGGUUCAACUCAGGGACGCCCUUAUCGAGAACCAAUCGGUGGACAAAUUUGCAGCGUGUCUUGCUCCCAAGGCGAAUGCUACGCAGCAUCUUGACGUCGUCAGUCGAGAGCUGUGCCCAAUGCUCAAGCACUUUGUCGUUUUCUCUAGCGUUUCGUGCGGUCGGGGCAACGCUGGCCAAUCUAACUACGGUAUGGCUAACUCCAUUAUGGAACGCAUCAUCGAACGUCGGGUUGCUGAUGGGCUACCUGGAAAAGCCAUCCAAUGGGGCGCAAUCGGUGAGGUCGGCAUUGUGGCCGACAUGCAGGAGGACAAAAUCGAUAUGGAGAUCGGUGGAACACUUCAGCAGAGACUCUCCUCCUGCAUACAGGUGCUCGAUCAACUUCUCUCGUCGAGCGAACCCAUUGUGGCCAGCAUGGUGGUGGCCGAGAAGCGCAGCUCCAGCGGUGGGGCAAAGAACAUUGUUGAAGCUGUUAUGAAUAUUAUGAAUAUUCGCGACAUGAAGUCCGUUUCCGUUGAAAGCACCCUGGCCGACAUCGGCAUGGACUCGCUGAUGGCUGUCGAGAUUCGGCAGGUCUUGGAACGCGACUUUGACAUCAUUUUGACUCCUCAGGAUUUGCGCACGCUGACAUUCUCCAAGUUGCAGAAACUAGCCGACUCCAAGGCAGAGAACGAAGCUCAAGAGUCCGUUGCCAAACAGUUGCAGCUCGAGGACUUGCUGGCUAGUUUCGGUGACGAAACAGCUAGCCAUCACACGGUUCUCCGUUUACCGUCUCGAUCGAACGAUCUUGAGUAUGAUCUGGCUGUUCUAAUCAUUCCAGGCAUCGAAUCCGUUUGCAGCCCAGCUUGGACGAAAAUUGCCUCCGAGAUCAAUGCUCCUACCUUCAUAUUGCAAUCAUUCGCCAAGGCCACCGAUGAACAAACCAUUCCCGGCAUCGUUGACUCCGUAUUUGAAGAAAUGUUUGAAGCAGUCUUCGCGAAAUGCAAACAAUUUCUGGUCAUUGGAUACUCGUUUGGGUCUCUGUUGGCCCUGGAAAUCGUAAAACGCCUGGAGGCGCAUUCACUGCACGGCAAGCUAAUGAUGAUCGAUGGCUCUCCGCUAUAUCUUCAACGCUUCGCCAGCCACCAUAUUACCGGGGCGGACGAUGAACAUCUGCAGGCAGAUAUACUGAGUCUUGUGCUGUCGUUUGCUUUACCAGCAGUUUCAUCCGAUACGAUGAAGCAAAUCAUGAGUGAAUCUUCGUACGAGGGUCGUGUUAGCAAAAUGCUAGAGCUCCGCACCGACGAAAAUCCUUUCUCACCAGACUACAUCCGGAAGAUGAUGCGUGUCUUGUUCUUCAGGUUGAAAGCAGCGAUGAAUAUGAGCACCGAGACGAAGCAAAAGUUGGUUUCUCAAAUGGUUUUAGUUCGUUCCGGCAUGAUCAACGAUAUCGAAGAAGACUACGGUUUGAGUGGAUUCACCACUGCAUCGCUUAUUGUGAAGAUCAUCGAUGGCACUCAUCAAACGAUGCUUUCGAACGCAGAAUUGAUCGAGAUCAUCAACAAGGACACCCUAUAAAAGGUUCCUGCGGGGACAUACGGGUCCACUUAUUACACUU